AUGCCUAAAUCAAAGCGCGCGAAGGUCGUACAUCUCACCAAGACGGACAAGAAGGGCAAGGAGCUCUCACAGAAGCUUUUUGCCAAUGUCCAGGAAGCGGCGGAUAACUUUGAGCACAUCUUUGUCUUUUCGGUGGAAAACAUGCGGAACUCGUAUCUAAAGGCAGUGCGCGCCGAGUUCUCAGACAGCCGAUUCUUCUUCGGCAAGACCAAAGUAAUGGCAAAGGCACUCGGCCAGACACCCGCCGAAGAGCACCUCACAAACCUCUCCAAACUCACAGAAUACCUCGCUGGCAACGUUGGCCUCUUCUUCACGAACCGCGAACCCAGUGAGAUCAUCGAGUACUUCGCCGCAUACUCGCAAACCGACUUUGCGCGCGCCGGCAUCGUCGCCACACAAACCUUCACAAUUCCCGCCGGCACAGUACACUCAAGAGGUGGAGAGGUGCCAGAAGACCAAGACGUGCCUCUACCGCACAGCGUGGAGACGACGAUCAGGAAAUGGGGCAUGCCAACGAGGCUCGACAAGGGCAAGAUUAUCCUCGACACCCCGUAUACCGUGUGCGAAGAGGGAAAAGUCGUAAACAGUCACCAGACGGCGUUGCUGAAGAUGUUUGGUGUAGCCAUGGCGGAUUUCAAGAUCGACCUGAAGGCCUACUACUCCAAGGCAAGCGAGUCGGUCACGGAGAUUGGGGCCAUGGAGGAGUAA